AUGUCCAAAAUAGAAGUCAUUACCGAGCGGGUAACAGACGGCCAUAAUGGCGAGAUUAGAGAUAUUCAAUAUACUCAAUCUCAAAUGGUGGGACACGGCUCUUUUGGAGUGGUGUUCCAGACGCAGAUUUUGCCCACCAACGAAAUUGCGGCUAUUAAGCGGAUAUUGCAAGAUAAGCGGUUCAAAAAUAGAGAGCUUCAGAUUAUGAAGUUGGUUCAUCAUCGCAACGUUGUUGACAUGAAGUAUUACUUCUACAAACACAAUGAAAAAAACGAGUUGUACCUCAAUUUGAUCUUGGAAUUUGUGCCGGAAACCCUCUAUCGUGCACUGCAUUACUAUGUAUCCAAGCGUUUAUCUAUGCCUCCUUUGGAGGUAAAGCUCUACACUUAUCAAAUGCUCAGAGCUCUCAGCUUUAUCCACUCGCAGGGUAUUUGUCAUAGAGACAUCAAGCCUCAAAAUUUGCUUGUCAACGCUGACACUGGUGAACUCAAGCUUUGUGACUUUGGUUCUGCAAAAAUCUUGAACCCUAGCGAACCUAAUGUGUCGUACAUUUGCUCUCGGUACUACCGUGCUCCCGAGCUUAUCUUUGGCGCUACAAUUUACACCACCAAGAUCGACGUGUGGUCUGCUGGUUGUGUAAUGGCCGAGCUAAUUUUGGGACAGCCGUUGUUCCCUGGAGAAUCCGGUAUCGACCAAUUGGUGGAGAUUAUCAAGAUUUUGGGAACUCCAUCUAAGGAACAAAUUCGCAACAUGAACCCUAAUUACAUGGAGCACAAGUUCCCCCAGAUAAAACCUAUCCCAUUAUCGAAGAUAUUUAAGAAAAUGUCCAACGAUUGUAUUCAAUUCUUGACCAAAGUGUUGCAGUAUUCACCAGUGGAUCGUGUGUCGUGUAUCGAGGCAUUGGUGGAUCCAUACUUUGAUGAGCUCCGCAACCCUCAAACAAAACUUCCGAAUUAUAGAAAGUUGUUUUCACAGCAGUAUCAUAGCUCGGCGUCGGUGUCUUCGCACAGUCAUCAAAACAAUGCGAACUACCAAUUGUAUUCGAGUCAGCCCGACAUAAAAGACUUGCCAGAGUUGUUCGACUUUGACGAUAGAGAGUUGUCGGUGAAUCCUCUGUUGAACAGGCAAUUGAUUCCAGAGUUUGCUUAUGGGCGGUUGAGGUUGCUGAGUGGUGCCCAUACUUUGGACGGGUUUACGCCAAUGACGGAAGAGCAGUUGGCGGUGACUCUUGAGUAA